AAGAAACACUUGUUGGAACUUCUUAACGUACAGCAUUAGUAUGGCUCUGUUAAUGAAGCACCCCAGUUUUUCUUCAACUAGCUUAAUGCUUUGUUUCAUAUUGUUAUUAGUUUUAUCCUACAAAGCAAAGGCUGUGGUGAAACUACCACCAAAUUUUUCAAUUCCUGCAGUCAUAGCUUUCGGAGAUUCGAUAGUGGACACGGGCAACAAUAACAAGAUUAAAACACUUGUUAAGAGCAAUUUCCCUCCUUACGGUAAAGAUUUUGAGGGAGGAAUCCCAACCGGUCGAUUUUGUGACGGAAAAAUUCCAUCGGAUCUUUUAGUUGAAGAGUUGGGUAUUAAGGAGCUUUUACCAGCUUAUAAGGAUCCAAAUCUAAAACCAAGUGACCUUAUUACGGGAGUCUGCUUUGCUUCUGGUGCCUCUGGAUACGAUCCUUUGACGCCAAAAAUAGCGUCAGUGAUAUCAUUGUCCGAUCAACUAGACAUGUUCAAAGAAUACAUAGGGAAGCUUAAAAGCAUUGUUGGAGAGGACAGAACAAACUACAUCAUAGCCAACAGUCUUUUCGUUGUGGUAGGUGGAAGUGACGAUAUUGCCAACACCUAUUUUAUUGCUCGUGUUAGACAACUACAGUAUGAUAUUCCUGCUUACACUGACCUUUUGGUCAACUCAGCCUCUGAUUUCAUUAAGGAAUUAUAUCAACUUGGAGCACGCAGAAUCGGAGUACUCAGUGCACCACCGAUUGGGUGCGUGCCAUCACAGAGAACUCUGGCUGGAGGCAAACAAAGAGACUGCGCAGAAAAAUACAAUGAAGCAGCGAUUUUAUUUAACUCCAAACUAUCAAAGGAAAUGGAUUCCCUUAACAAUAACUCGCCAAAUAGUAGGAUCGUUUACAUUGACGUUUACAACCCCCUACUUGACAUCAUUGUGAACUACCAAAAAUAUGGCUUUAAAGUUGUGGACAGAGGUUGCUGUGGCACAGGCCUAAUAGAAGUUGCAGUUUUAUGCAAUCCUUUGGGUGCCACUUGUCCUGAUGCUUCGGAAUAUGUUUUUUGGGAUAGUUAUCAUCCUACCGAAGCAACAUACAGACAGCUCAUAGACCAAGUCCUUAAAAAAUAUUUGAAUCGAUUCCUCUGAAUUUUGAAGUUUGCCCUCGGCAUGUUAAUUAAUCAAUUAUGACAUAUCAUUCAAGAAGAUCAAUGUUUGAUUGAGUUUAUGAUGUUGUGAGCGUGAUUGUUAAGUAGUAUAUGUAUCAAUAAUUAAUAUUGAUUGAAGAAGAUGAACAUGUUAGAUCGAAAUAUCAAGUUGCUGCUGUAAUUGUUAAGGAUUAUAUAUAUCAAGAAUUAAUA